UGCGCCACUGUGCAGCCCUCUGCAUGGUCAUGUUAAAGCAUUUUUGUGCAACCCACCUGUAUGCUGAGGUGACUUCGCAGCAGAAGAUGGAAGACAGGGAGGAAGAGGAUGAGGAAGAGGAGGUUGGUGACACGCAUGGGGGUUGCUGUUAAUAGCUCAGACAGGACCGGAAUAGCAGGGCGUCGCGGGAGGAAAAGCGACUCUCUGCAUCCAGCAACCUCCCGUCUGAAACUUGAGUCUGGCCAAAAGCAAGUUAAACAUCUUCCACAAUAACUCCUGCUAAAUUAUAUUCUCAACAUUUAAGAAAAAAACUCUUGUUUACUCGGCAAUAAAUGUAUCCUUGAUGAAGCGCGAGGCAAAUUACCGGAGUUCAACCAGUGUGGCCCUUCUGGGACUCCUCCUUCAGCGGCAUCAUCAUCCUCAUCUCCACCUUCCUCUCUUCUCACUCACCUCCUGCCCCCCUUCUCCUCUCCUCCUCCUCCGCCGCCGCUGCUGCUCCACUCGCCGCUCCGUCCCCGCACCACCGCAGUCCACGGCCCCGUCAGUGGCCGAGCCGUCGCUGCGCUCUUCCCUCCCCGGUCUUUCUUCCAUGAUCCUCUCUCCUCCUCUUCCUCUCCUCGCUGAGCUGCGUCUCUGUCCGCCGGCGCCGCAUCAUCUGCAUCCCUAACAUGGGAACACAAAGCUGCCGUUCUUCCAUCUAGACGGGAAGUCGCACCUUACAGAGUCAAGAUGGGGGGCACAGUGAGUGAGGAGCCACCAGUCUCCCCCAGCUGGCUGAGCCCUGAUCCCACAGCGUGGGCCAGCGGGGCCCCGAUGGACAACAGCACCAACUUGGGGUCGUUCCCAGUGGAGGACUCCCCCUUGCGGCCCAGCCAGCUGCCACUGCUGGUCAACCCCUGGGACAUCGUGCUGUGCUCAUCGGGGACCCUGAUUGCCUGCGAGAACGCCUUGGUGGUGCUGGUGAUCUGGCAGAACCCGACGCUCAGAGCCCCCAUGUUCCGCCUGAUUGGCAGCCUGGCUCUAGCCGACCUGCUGACCGGCCUGGGCCUGGUCCUUCACUUCACCUGUGCCUACCUGCUCCGCUCGGACUCGGCCCAGUUGCUAACGGUGGGUCUGGUGGUGGCUUCCUUCUCGGCCUCCGUCUUCAGCCUGCUGGCCAUCACCGUCGACCGCUACCUGUCGCUAUACUACGCCCUCACCUACAACUCGGAGCGGACGGCGGCCUUCACCUACACUAUGCUGGUGCUGCUGUGGGGUCUCUCCCUGUGUCUCGGCCUGCUGCCAGUCACAGGGGUCAACUGCCUGGCCGAGGAGGUCACCUGCAGCGUGGUUCGACCUUUGACCAAGAACAACAUCGCGGUCCUGUCCGUCUCCUUCCUGCUGCUCUUCGGCCUCAUGCUGCAGCUUUACGUCCAGAUCUGCAAGAUCGUGAUGCGCCACGCCCACCAGAUCGCUCUGCAGCACCACUUCCUGGCUGCCACGCCCCACUACGUCACCACCCGGAAGGGCGUGUCCACCCUGGCCAUCAUCCUGGGCACCUUCGCCGCCUGCUGGAUGCCGUUCACUGUCUACUCCCUCAUAGCCGACUACACCUACCCUCCGCUGUACACCUACGCCACGCUGGUGCCUGCCACUUACAACUCGGUCAUCAACCCGGUCAUCUACGCCUUCAGGAACCAGGAGAUCCAGAAGGCGCUGUGGCUGGUGUGCUGUGGCUGCGUGCCGACCAGCGUGGCGCACCGUGCUCGGACACCCAGCGACGUGUGACCUCGGAGACCCCGGGUGAGACGAGAAGGGUCAGCUCUGCUCCUCCGCUGGAGCCGUCCAGCGUUACGAGGAGGGCAGCAGCGUAAGCGUCUUCCUGUCUUCCCAGCGCCAGGCCAAGAAGGUGGGCUGCAUCCUGCCCACUCUGUGUGUUCUUAAUUUCUACCGGAAAGUGCAUCCCCAUGUUCCGGUGCGCGAAAAAAAAAACGCACGCCCUCUGACAGCUCUGUAGCUUUGCUUGUUUUCAUGAUGCACAGAAAUGAUCCCAGCUGAUGAACAGCGGCUGAGCAACACUUGAAGCCCGUUUGGGGCAGCAGCAGCAGCGUCCCGGUUGCUGCCGCCACCGCCGCCGCCGCCGCUGCUGCUGCACCCUGGACGUGCGUCGAAAGCUGAGCAGACCCGGAGAGCUAAAAAUAGACCCGAUGCUUUCUGAUCCGCUCCACAGACGCCGGGGAAGAAAUCUAGCCUCUUUUUCUCCUCGCCUCGCCCAUUUCUCUCCCCCCUCCUCGCUGCUUUCUCUCCUCUCUCUUCUGGCUGUCGAUUGCGCAUGAAUGCGCAACAAUAAGAAAGGUUCCAAACAGACCCACCCAAGCAGUACCUGCCCUCUGUAUUUUUGUUAGUUUAUAUAUACCAAACCAAAAAGAAAGCCUAUAUUUAACUCUUUUUAAAAAAAAUCUAACUAUUUAAAGACAUCUCAGGAUCUAUUUGGAGAUCCACUUCACCAAAGUUUUCCAAAUUUCUUGUGAUUUGGUCAGAAAGCUACCGAAACCAUUAGAUUUAAAGCAAAACCACGCCAGACUUUUCUUUAAAAUCAAUCAAACUCACUUUAGUUAUAGUUUCUAAUCUAUAAAACAUUUCAUUCCGAGUUGUACCUGUUUCUAUCUAAAAUGAAAUCCUGUAAAAAGGAAGCGUCCGCACAAACAUGUCUGUUGUGACAUCACAAAAGGUGUGAGGAAUCUGUCCAGCGUUCUUCUGACAAAAUCCGUUUAUAUUAUUGUUUUAUUUUCCCCUCUACGUUCAUCAUUUCGAUCAAAUUCUUCAAUCAACAUAGGGUUGAACUUCUUGCUCGAAUUCAGCUCAGAAUGAGUGUUCAGUCGUCCAUCAUAACCUUUGCUAAUGCAGGCUGUUUAGCUUGGUUCUCGUGCCUCUUGUGAUGUCACCAACCCAAAUAUAAAGAUGUAUUUUUUCCCCGUCAGCGCCCUUUUUUAAAAAAAAUAACAAAACAACUUUGUACUUUGUGAAUCCAUGUUUUGCUAACCAGCUGUGUUCUUCUUGUCGGGGUGCAUCUGUUUGUGAGAACAAAAACAACACUGGACAGCAUCUUUAACUAACGGGAUUAGCUGUAAUUAGCAUGCAACUAGCACAGUCCAGUGACGCGAGGUGGGCCGCGCGUAGCCACUGCAGGCUAUGUGCCGUGGCUGCCUGACUUCACCAUGACCCAAAUAAUUUUGUCUAUGUACAGAGUACCACCAUGUACCUCACAUGUGCUGCAUUAUAAGAGCUAAAACUGUCACACCAAGGUCAUGGCAGCUGUUAUUUAAUUUAAUUAAUUUUUUUAAAUGUUGCUUUUUGCUUUUAGCGUUACGAUACUUUGUGAAAGUUGUCCCACUUUUUAACUUUUUCACAUUGUAUCACGUUACAACUAGACUUAAAUGUGUUUCAUUGGGAUUUUAUGGGGGGGGGAUAGAGCGUAAUAAGAGAAUUGGAAGAAAAUUUGCAUAAAAAUCUUGUGUGCUGCAAGCGCUUUGCAGAAAACCUCCAGCUGUGGGUGUUUAGGGGAAUGUUUGGGUUGUUGCUGCUGGAAGGUGAACCUCUGCUGGAGUCUGGAGUUUUCUGCAGCCUGUCAGAGGUUUACGUCCAGGGCUGGCCCUUCGUUUGGCUUCAUCCGCGUUCCCAUCCAACUCUGACCAGAUUCUUUGUGCCUGACGAAGCGUCCCCUCAGCAUGAUGCUGCCACCAGCUUGUUUUAGUGCUUUCAUGGUGUGUUCAGGGUAACACGCGGUGCUAACAUAGCGCUCUGCACGUAGACCAAAAAGUUUUAUUCUGGUCUCAUCUGAUCUGCUUUCCUUUCCUAGCUGAGGAAUAAAAAAAAAAAACAUCCCCAUGGCAUAAUGCUGCCACCACAAUGCUUCAUGGUGUUGAUAAUGUGUUUUGCCACUACAGCCCUUUGAAUGCAAAAAGCAGCUUAGCGUUAUUCCUAAAUAACACUCAUAUUAUUUAGGAAUAUAAGCGUAUAGAGGCCUGUGUACAAAUAGGAAUCGCAGUUUUACUUGUAAAAAACCACGUAUCAUUUUUGUCCCACCUUACAUUUAUUUUGUGUUAGUUUAUCUAAUAAAUCCCAGUGAAAUACACCACGCUUUGUGCUUGUAACGUGAUAGAAUUAGAACAGCUUCUAGAGGUCGGAGAACCUUUGCAAGGCGCUGCGUAUGUGAGCCCCAUCACUUCCAUGCUGCUCUGAGUUACUGUUUCCAAUCAUCUGUUGGUUCUACUGUUACUCCAGAUCUUGUCAGCAAUAACUAGCCUGAAUGGUAGUUAUUUUUUUAGAUGCAGAGCAAUACUCAGACAGCAAUAACAUCCGCGCUCCGUGAAGCACCAUAACGUUUCCAGAAAAGUGAAAGAUAUGACAAAGAAAGCGUUGGGUUAGUCACUCCCGGGGGUCGGGGCGAGACCGAGCUGCUCGUUCAUCCUGGUGACAACACUGCCUCAUUUUAUCCACAAACCCCGAACGGGGUUCUGAUCAUUUGUCACAUCAGGGGGGAGGCAGAGUUGUGAAGUUUUUUUUUUUUCUCCGUUUGCCUCUUCCUUUCCUGAGCGGAUAAGGUUUCACUAGGCGUUGUCGGCUUGAAUAACAAAAAAGGGAAUUUUUUUUUUUUUUGUGAUUGUGCAUCUGCUCUGAGUCGCAUGGCAUUCUGGGUGUGUGUGUGCACAAGUGUGCGCUAUGAUGUGUCUCGUGUCAUCGACGUCCCUUACCUUAGAGGAUUUACACUGUCAGUCUUCCUUCACUGUCCACUUUCCUGAGGAAAGUGGCCUCGUUUUGUGUUUCUCGGCAGGAAGUGGGACCAGGACGUUUUGGCGCCCCAGCACUUCAAGCCAAAGGGAAAAGUGACUCUGAAUGAACUUUUACCCCAAUCCUGCUGGGGUUUCUGUCGUCACACUCCAGCUUAAAUCAGUCUGGUUGAGGCAGGUGUCUGUCAAGUGACCUCUGAAUGAUCCUAUGAGCUAAAAACGGCUACUUCCAAAUACAGAGAUGAGUUUGUUUUUGUUUUAAUUAUUUGUUUGGUUUUUAUGUUUUAUUCAUUGAGCCUUUUAAUGACAUUCCAGGAGCUUCAAGUCUUCAGCUUUGCUACGAAGCAGGAGAGAAAUAUUUUUUAGGACUGGAAGGUCAGCUUGGAAAAUGAAAAUCAACAUUUCGAAUCAUGGAAAAGUAGCCUGAGAAUGUGUGCAGAGAGAGGCUCAAACCCGUAGACCCUCAGUGUUGGGCAAAAGUGUUCACACCGCUUCUCCGGUUCCACUUUCUGUUUCAUUACAACCACAGAGUUCAAAAUGUUUUCUCGUUUAUGUUUCUAUAAUUAACGAUCUAAGAAAUGUCCACCUGCAUUCAGAGCCACCUUUUGCUGCAAUUAGAAAUCUUCAUGACCUAAAAGGUAGAGCAUUUUAUAAUGUAAACUUAUUAAGCUAAAUUUUAAUUUAAAAAAUGUCAGUUUACUAUAAAAUUCUUCUUAUUAAAGCCAAAAACCUAUUUAAUAGAGAAUUGAUAUUUUGUAUUGCAAAUAUUUUUAUUUUUGAAAAGAUUUUUAAUUUAUCUGCAUUGUGUUUGAAAGGCUUCGCUUCAUAAAAAAAAUAGAUAUUUUUCUACGUUAGCCAAUAUGCAGCUGGAAGCCACAUUGUAGUCCAGGGCCGCAAAAAAAUGAUUCUGAGGGCCACAAAUGGCCCACGGUCUGCAGUUUGGAUACUAUUGAUCUAAACCCUUGAAAUGUAGCUAACAGGUUAUCGCCCUUUAUAUCAACACUGAUUAGCUAACCUGCUUCAGUUGUGGAAAAGCAUCCCCAUAGCAUGAUGCUACCACCACCAUGUUUCACAAUGUUGGUAUAUUUAGGGUGGGUUAAUUUUCACAUUUCUUUUAAUCUCAGGUAAAGAAAAUUACAUACAUACAAACUACUGCAUACAAAACGUUGUUGAGAUAUUUAGAAAAUAAGUUCCCUUCCACUUCAGAGUUCACAAUGCCUUGUAAAAUCCUGAUAAGAUAAACUGAAGUCUGUGGUUGCAACGUAAAUGUGGAAAAGUUCAAGAGGUAUGAAAGCUUUUGCAAGGCGCUGCAGGUCAGACGCAUCAUAAACCUUUACUGUUUACCUUUUGGAGAAUAGUCUAUUUUGUUACGGUCACUCAGAGGUUGCAUUUCCUUUUCCCUCCUUUCAGGUGUCUGUCGUUGUACGGCACGAGCGCGCUGUAAAGCCUUUCUCUGAAUGUAGUAUCUAUCAAAGUCCUCUUGAGUUUCGUUUCUGUAAAUAGUAGGGGGGCUUCUUACCACCGUGCAUGGUGCUACCAAAGCUCGUCAGUCUGUGGGGAAGAGUUGGGUUGCACCAUUUAUUUUUCUCUGUUAACGUUUGAUUCAUUUGCUCCCUUCAAUAUGCAGCAGAUUUUAUUCUUUUUUUUUUUUAAUGGUUUGCCGACUGAUGGGAAGGGCAAAUGUUUGGGAAUUGAAUCGACCCACAAUCGGGGAAUGUGAAUCUCUUGUUGCAGCUGUACUGACAAGGUUUUAACUGCUGAGCACUUGAAUAAGGGCUUUGUAUCAAGGAAAGCUGAUGAACUGCGAGGUUGGGUGUAAUUAUCGUUUUUUUAACACCUUGUUUAUCUACUUAAUGCAUUUAUUUUGUGAUAACAAUGCACAAAGAUGUGAACAAAAUUGUUUGUUUUUUUUAUAUCAGUGGCAAGAUGUUGGACCAGCAGGACGAGGCGUCUUUCUUUCUGAUGGUUACUAAUUUAGAGCUAAGUAUCAAAACACACAAGAGCCUGUGAAUGUGUGUGUGAGCGUGAGAGUGUGUGUUGCUGUUUAUUUUUUAAGAUGGAGAUGAGGUUGAAGUCACAGUUACAGCAUCUUGUGUAGAUGUAAUAUUCAAUGUGAAAUGCACUUUAUUUUUUUUUGGGGGGGGGGGGGGGGGUGAAAAUGGCACAACGAAUAAUUUAUCUGCAAAACGAAACGUAUUCAUGAUAAUCAACCUGCACUAACCUAACUGAAAUAUUGUAAAGGAAAAAAAAAUGUUUAUGUGAACGUGGCGUCUAUUUUUCCAAGGUGUUAGAUGUACUUUUUAUUGCUUUGGUUAGUGCACUCCACUGAGAGAUCUUGUUAAUUUUGUAUUAAAGACAAACAUGUGCUGUGCAUAAAA